AUGCCGUCUCGACAUUCAUCCUCGUCUUCAUCACGAGCACCGCUCGAGGAGUCGCGCGUCGCCAAUCGCUCCAUCUCAGCCUCCUUCUCCGGCACCAAAGCCUCCCUGUCCUCCAAAUCGUCGUCUUCCAAAAAGGGCUCCUCCUCAGAACAUCAAAACGCGUCAUCGACCAAGUCGCGUUCCGCGUCCGGCAAGUACCGAGGUCGCUUCGAUGAUGACGACGAUAUUGCUGAAGAGGAGGAUGAUGACCGCGACGACGGCGAUGACUACGACGACGAAGGCGAAAACGACCACCGCCAAAGCAAUGCACGUAAAGUUUCUGGGCCACCCUCCAAAUCCUUGUCCAGACCGCCUUCGGCACCGUCUAGCCGCCAACCAUCGGCAUCCAACAGCGCCAAUCGCUCCAUCCUCGCACGAUCUAAUCCCAACGCUUCCAUCCUCUUGGGAGGGGCUGCCAAUACAUCGGUCGCCUUCCAGAACUCGCGCGUCGCAGCUCUCGCCAGAUCGCAUGCCGUCGUCGACGCUUCUUCCAUCAUGCGUCCGCGCGGCCAGGCUGCUCACCCAGGCGCGAGCGCCGCAUCCGCCAACGGGGAUGCAAAGGGCGCGGCUCCUGCGGGCGCUUCUCUCCGCGUAGACACGUCGAGCUUCGAAGAGUGGAUGAAGAUGGCCACGGACAACAAGAUCAACUCGACCAACACCUGGUCUUUUGCCCUCAUUGACUACUUCCACGACAUGUCGCUCCUCCGCAACGACAGCGGAGACGGCAGCAUCAACUUCCAGAAAGCCUCGUGCACCCUCGAUGGAUGCGUCAAAGUCUGGACCUCUCGUGUCGACUCAGUCGUCGUCGAAACGGGAAAGCUCCUCUCUGGUUUGCAAGACGACCUCGACCAAGCUUCACGCAAAGACAGGCGCGGCAACGAGGACGGCGACGACGAUGCCGACGACGACGAUGCUGACGAUGGGAACGGCAACUCGACGCGAAAGCGCAAGAGGAACAAGGAGGCCACCCUUGCGAAGACAUUUGGCCACAUUCAGAUCAAAAAAUUUGACCUUGAAUUCACCGUCGAUCCCCUCUUCAAGAAGACUUCUGCUGACUUCGACGAGGGCGGCGCCAGUGGUCUGUUGAUGAACCAUUUGGGUGUCGACUCUUCCAUGGCUGUCAUCUUUGAUGCCAGUGACGUAGCCGGCGUCGGCAGCGACGAAGACAUGGCCAGAAUGCUCUCUGUAGGAGAAGAUGGCGAUGCCAGCGAGGAGGCCCCCCGUCCCGCUGCCGAAGAGGAUGAAGAUGAGAUUGUUGACCUGUCCAAGCUCGCGUCCAAGUGGCUCGACUCGGACGAGUUUGGAAACGUGGACGGAGCUUCCGGUGACAUUGCUUCGCUGCUCUCGCGCCGUGUCUUGUGCCCAACACUGUGCAACUUCCGCUUCUCCAAGGAUGAUGACACUCCCUUCGGUGUCGGUCUCGACGAGUUCAACCAGCAGACCUUCCACACCGCCACCCAUGCCGACACCUACUACGACUCGCAGUAUGCCCCAGGUAUGCGCGCACAGUCGGAGGAAUUCAUCGGCGCCGGCUUCCACGACGAGGCUAACCCCCUCAUGGAUGGCGCGGGUGGCGACGGCGACUAUUUCGAGAACGACAUGGGCGGCCCCAUGGAUGACAACGAAGACGAUGGAAACGACUUUUUCGAUGCGCUCGACAAUGCGCCCGCGUUCCACCAUGGCGGUCCUAUUGUGCUCGAUGGCACCACUGGCGGAGUCGACAGCUACGGUCCUUUCGACCCUUCUGCUGGUCCCUCUUCCGAGCUCGUCAUGGCCAUGGCUUUCAACCCGUCCACAGGCAUGCCUGUCGAUGGCGCCGACGGCGAAAACGGUGGUGAUCUGUUUGAUUACUUUGACCGUCGGCUCAUGCGCAACUGGGCCGGUCCCGAGCACUGGAAGCUUUCGCGUGUCGCUGCCACGGGCCCCCCGGCUCUUGGUGCCUCGACGGGCGCUGCGGCGCAGGCGGCAGCUGCUGCUCGCAAGGAGAGCAAAAAGAGCAAAGAGCCAUUUGUGAUCGAUUUCCUCUCUGAGGAGGGUGCCGUCAACGUCAAGGAGAUUUUCGAGAAGCCCAAGCAGUCGACUGCCAUCACCCUUGCUGCGAGCGCGCGCAACAAGAUGGCGAGUCUCGCUGCGUCGUCGUCCGACGCCUACUUGCUACCCGAGGAUCGACACUUCAGCUCGAAACAGCUGCUGCGACUCUUCUUGAAACCAAGGGUGGCAAUCAAUAUGCGCCACAAGGGUCAGCAAGCGGCGGGUGGCUUUGGUGGCGAUGCGCAGCUUUGGGCCGACGUCGCUGGCGAUGCCGAGGACGGCGAUGGUGCCGAUGGCGGCAUGCCCUUCGAUACGCAAUUCUUCCACGACGCUGACGAUGGAUACGAUGCAAAUGCGGGCGGCUUGGGUGGCCUCGACGACUCGCCAGCCAACGUCACUGCCGGCGGCGACGUUGAAGAUGAGGAACUUACACAGACGCUGCAGGCGCUCAACCGAGUCAAGCCAGAAUACGUCAACUACGCCAAGAAAGCGAAACGCGUUGACGUCAAGAAGCUCAAGGAAAACAUCUGGAAAGAGCUCGGGAUCCUCGCGUCAACGGAGGACGCUGCCUCACUUGCGGCGAAAGCCGAAGCAGCGGGUGCCGCUGGCGACGAGGGUGGCGACGUGUCUAUGGCUUCGACCCUUGUCGAGGCAGAAGCAGCUGGCAGCGUCAAGACGUUCGAGUCGGUGCUGUCCGGUCUGCAGAAGGCGUACACGCAGGAUAAGAUGGAGGAGAUCUCGACGUCGUUCUGCUUCAUCUGCUUGUUGCAUCUGGCCAACGAAGAAGGGCUGGCGAUCAGCACGGGUUCCGAAGACAAGAUCGAGGCUCUACGUGCCAAGCGUGGUCGCAACAGCACGACUCCGACCAAGGCCGAUGCAGCGGGAGGCCUCUUUGGUCGCUUGACUGCAGGAAGAGUCAUGCGCAACAGCAGCGAGGACGACGAUCUGGGAGGAGAAGAUGACGGCGAGGAACCAGCAGAGGGCGAGGAGGGUUAUGAGGAGGACGAGCUGCGUGUGGGCCAAUUGUCGGCCCUGAGGAUCAUGAAGGAUCCCAGAGCCUAUCGCUCGGCAUGA